UUGUCGAAGUGCGGGGUGCCAAGAUGGAGUCUCAGGGGCAGCCAUGUUUGAAGGGGCUCCCUUCACAACCUUUAGGGGCCACAACAGGACAAAAUGAUCAAGAUCAAGAAAAUAUUCCUACCAGCAAAAAGAGAGUGCUUGAACAAACAUGUCUUCCUCAAUCCAAGAAACAAAAAAAUGAAGGUUCAGUUUCCACAAGAGUGGAGAAAAGCAACAGCAUUCCCAGAGUGCUACUUGAUGGUGAUGAAGACGAUGAAACAGAAGAAGGAGAUCAAUUGCAAAGGAACUUGGAUGAAACUCCAGAGCAUUUUUCAGAAAGUGACGAUCACCCAGAGGAGUUGAGAAAUACUACCACAACAAGCUUGAAUCAAUGUGAGACUGAAGGGGAAUUAGUUCAGCAUGAAGAUAAACCUUUUAAUAAUGACAAAACGUCUUGUCAUGAAGAGGAAUGUCAAAGAGAAGCAACGUCAUCAGUUAAAGUGGCUGUGUCCUCCAGUUACCAUGGAGAUAUCUCCAAGGAGGAAGACCCUAUUAAUUUGUUAGAGGAAAAGACAAGUACUCAGAAUGCUACUGAAUCAAAUCCAAGUAGCUCCACAGAACAAGCAACUAUUUGUCAGGAUUUCCAAGGACAUUCCACUUCUGAUGAAGUUAACAUAGGUCUGACUUAUAAUAAUUUAUCAAAUAAAGAAGUUGAUGCAAAUUAUCAAAUACAAGGUCAUGACCACUUAGACAGGGAUGACAGAAAGAACAAAGUACACAUGAAGUUAGACAUGGACAACAUUCAGCUGUUAAGUGUUGGUGGUGAUUACAUUGAUGGUCUGCCGUCAAUUGUUGCUGUGACAUCACCUAAUCCAGAUAGUGUUAUUGGUUGUCAUGGUGAUGGAGUUGUCCAGCAAGCAGAUACCGGUAAAGGUGAAGCUCAAAAUCAAAGUCCAGCUCAAAGCACCAUAAUCCUGAACAGCAGUAGUAACAAUCAAAAAUCUAAUGACUUAGACACAAUGCCGAUCCAUGUAUACCCACAGGGUCAGGGUAUAUCACUAGUAACAAGUUCAGGUAUACUUACUGCCGAUAUAUCAACCUUCUCCACUCAAGUUCCUACUAUCCUUACUGAGGGUGAUGCUGAUGAAAACGAGACUCACACAAACUUCUCAGAGCAAUUUCAUGUGGUAACUACCAGUAAUGGUCUGGCUGGAACACCACACAUACCAGGACAAACUAAUGAAAUGCUGAGCGUUAUGAUGUCAUCCAGUGAUUUAAGCAAGAGUGUUAUACUAACGGCAGACCAACAAAAAGCUAUACUGGRUGAGGUUAUUAACCCUGGUGUUGCAGGAGGACAGACACUACACAUUACCAUUCCUCAYGUGACUACGUCAGGACAUCAAACCAUUGCCACUACCCAAGGAUCUGAGGGGAAUGUUCCUUGUGGUGACCAGGAAGGUGUGGAUGGCCAGGUCAGAGCUAUCCAGGUUCAACUAUUAAGUACUAAUGAAGUUAGUAUGGACAAGGGUACUGGUGAGGAGGGGAGUGGUAAAAACUCUUCCUGUCAUCAUCAAGACUGUGGUAAAGUCUGCCAUAGAGCAAAUAAACUCAAAAUGCACUUAGUAUCUCAGUCAGGAGAUAGGCCAUAUAAGUGCCCUCAUGAGGGAUGCGAAUGGGCAUUUGCUACUGCUUAUAAGUUAAAACGACAUGAAAGAGGACAUACUGGAGAAAGACCAUUUGUUUGUCCUUACGAAGAUUGCGGUAGGCGAUUUACUACGGCUUACAAUUUAAAGACUCAUGUUCGAGCACAUAAUAUACCUCACAUACCAUGUCAGUAUGAAGGCUGCGAUAAGUCCUUUCCUACCUUGCAUAAGUUCCGUGUACAUGAACGAAGACACCAGCAGGAAGAAAAACCCUUUAGGUGUGAGGUGGAUGGAUGCGGUAAAGAAUUCUCUGCAAUGGGUACCUUAGCCUCUCAUCUAAAAAGCCAUAGUGGAGAGAGACCUCAUGGUUGUCCUAUGGAAGGAUGCGAUAAACGGUUCACUAAAGCAUCGAAGUUAAAACUGCAUUUGCGAACACACACUGGAGAGCGACCCUUUGCUUGUGAUGUGGAGGGGUGUGGUUGGUCGUUCACAAGUGCAUAUAAACUCAAGAGGCACAUGCGCAAGCAUACAGGAGAGCGUCCCUUUGUGUGUGCUUAUGAGGGCUGCCACAAAUCGUUUACUCGGUCCAGUCACUUGAAGACUCACACGCUCGUCCAUACUGGAGAGAAACCUUAUGUUUGUCCAAUAGACGGAUGCAACAAGGCGUUCACUGCGGGCAGCAGUCUCAAUGUGCACAUGCGCAAACACACUGGAGAGAAACCUUUUCGAUGUGAAGAAGAUGGCUGCACAAAGGCUUACACCACGGCAUCCAACCUGCGAGCACACCAAAAAAGACAUGACAAGAACCCCAAGAUACUUGAAGGAUCAGAUGACCAACAACCAUUACCCUCAGAGUAUGUUACCGUUAAUGCUAUGAGCGGUGCAAGUAACGCAAGCUCUCUAGUCGAUAAUGAUUCGGAAGUAACGUACACGGGAAUGCAUACGUUUUCCUCCGAAGACUUUACGAACGAUGACGUCACUACCAUCCCGGUCAGCGUGCAUUUCCCACCUGGAAGUCUUAAUGCCAUAGUUACCAAUACUGGCAAUCCGCUGACAUUUUCUACCGCGGGAACACAAGAUCAUUCUGACGUCACCGAUGAACAAGGAAAGGGUACAGUUGCUACUGUAACACUUCCAGUAUCAAACAUGGAAGUCGAUGGCAGCCAUAUUGACGUAGCUGAGUUUGUCGUCCGUAGCGACAAUGUUGAGCCCGUGCUACAGCAUCAUGAGGUCAGCAAACAUUCUGAUGUUGAUACUCUAAAACACGACGGAGGCUUUGACCUGUCAAUCACAAGUAUCGUCAACCAAUUACGAAGUCACGAGACAUCACCUACUACAAAACUAGGUUCCAAUGAUGUUCUAGCAACUCAUAGAGGAGAGAGACUAGUGAUAGAUAGUAAAUUCGUGCCAAGCCACUCACGGGCGCUAGAGUUCAGGACCCCCGUCAACCCAGAGGAUCAGUUUAAACCGCCGGCUGUUAUAUUCCAGGAGGACAAGUCAGGGUCAUCAGACACCGAGGGAGAAAUGUCACAAGUGCACUCAGACCUCCCGACCACAAAUCAAGGUCUGAUGCAAAUAACCCUGCCACAGGAGGUCAUUCAAAUACAUUUUCCUCCUACGAAUUCCCCCGUGCCUCCCGUCCCUUCAGAGAACGAAACGACUAUUGAAAUGGAGACGACAGCUGGCCAUCACCAACUGCAGGCGUUUGAGUCAUCCUCUUUGUCAGAGCUACAAGCUCAUAACUUAAAUAAAACUCAACUAUCACCAUAUAUGGAAGAAGAAUCACCUGAUGACAGUCAAGUAGAUAAUUAUCCAGAAAGUACGAUUAAUUUACAGGACCUUAGAUGACAAAGGAAUCCCAAAAGUGAAGAAUACUACAGGAAACCCAUGUAUGACCUAUGUAAAAUAUUACACUACACGGAAAAUAUUUGAGAUAACAGAAAUCGAGAGUGCAAGGGAAUAGAAAGCUUUAACAAAAAGCGAACAAGAUUUGUGCUUCAGGCUCACAGCAAAAGAAUUUAUGAUGUGGGAAGAAAAUCAAAUCAAGUGACCUGGAAGUUUAGUCCAAACCAGACACUCUUUAAUAACUAUACUUAACUAUAGGUAUACAGCUGCACUGCAAUCUAACGCUGUAACUACUUUUUUAAUAACUUUAUUGAAAACACAUUGAAUAAAAUUCAGGUUCAAAUUCUACCCCACCUAC